UCCCUUCCAUUACUGUUCGUACUGCCCCCCAAAAGGAGUUCCUUUUUCCUUUUCGAUCGCGUUUUUGGAGAGAUUUUAGGGUUCUCCGGAGCCCUAAUCUCGCUGUGAUUCUUUCCACUGCUGGUGGGAGAUCAGUGUCGCCUUUCUCGGCGAACUUUCUGGGGCUUUGUUUUGGCAAGAUUUCUCUCUGUGUCGUUGCUGCUGGAGUUGGAUUUAAGCUCGUUGGUUCCUCGACCAUCAUGCAUUGCGAAAAGGUCGAAUAUUUCAGCUAGUUAGAGGGUCUUUGAGCUCCGGUGCUGCGAAAGAAAGACAAUUUAGGAUUAUAUGGUGGUCUCCAAUAUUUCUUGGUGUUCUUGGGGCAAGGAAAGCGGAGGCAUUGUUGAAGUUUGAAGCAAUCUUGGCUACAUCAUGGUCUCAGUUCGGCAUGAUUCAGGUGCUUUGGGCAAAAAAUUUUGGAUUUUGAGCUUAGAUGCUGCUGUUUAUUUAUGAGUUCAAGCCUAUUUUUUCCGAGAGUUGGAAGCUUUCUUGAUGGGAAGUCAUAUGCGUUCGUUGAUUAACUGUCAUUUGAUGUUGUUCUGAGCACUCGUUACAAUUAUUCCUCUGCGCAUGUAUUCCCAAAAUUGAUAGAGGAUUUGCAUCAUCCAGAUCCCUUUCAUAGUGGUAAGGAAGAUAUUAUCAUUUGAAUAUGCUGUCUGAGAAGCUUUUAGGAUCCACAGAAUUGAUUCGCCACUUGAUCAUUCUCCUUGCACUCCUUGGGGUGUUGUUUGCGUGCCAGUAUAAGGCCCAGCCACCGGUUUCUUUUGCAAGCACUGCAAGAUCAUUAGACGCUCUCCUUCAGGAUUAUGCUUACCGUGCUAUUGUUCGUCCCCGCACCGGGAUUUCCUAUAAUGGUACUGUCCCUUCCAACCUCACUGGCAUCAAGAUUGCAGCAAUAAGGCUCAGAAGUGGGAGUCUGAGAAAGAGGGGAGUUCAUAGCUUUAAGGAAUUCAGCAUUCCAGUUGGUGUAGUUGUGCAACCUUAUGUCCGAAGACUGGUCUUGGUUUAUCAGAGUCUUGGCAACUGGUCUUCUGUCUACUACCCUCUUCCUGGCUAUAGUUACCUGACUCCAGUUCUUGGUCUCCUUGCUUAUGAUGCGGCAAAUUUGUCUGCCACAAACUUGCCUGAGUUAAAUAUUGUGGUUUUGGAAUCACCCAUAUCCAUCAACUUCACAAAUGUCACUCCUGUGCCGAGUGGUACAAUUGCCAGAUGUGUGUGGUUUGGUUUAGAUGGCUCGCCAUAUUUCAGAGACUUGGUAUCAAGCAAUGUUUGUUCAACAUACCGACAGGGCCAUUUCUCCAUCGUUGUCAACUCCAGUGAGAUUGCUCCUUCCCCAGCACCAAGUUUAACACCAAGGCCACGGCCAAGCCCUGGUGGCUUUAAGAGUAGUAACAAGUCAAAGGUGUGGAAGAUUGUUGUUGGUGCGGUUGGUGGAUUUGUUGCUUUGGUUUUCUUGGCUCUACUUGUUUACUUCAUGCAACGUUAUAAGCAGAAUAAGAAGGUGGAACAGAUGGAGCAGCAUGCAAAUGCAGGAGUAUCACUACAAACAGCAAGUGUUGGAGAUGCGCGAGUGCCGGUGGCUUCAGUGACAAGGACACAGCCGGUCCUGGAGAAUGAACUUGUUGCUUGAGUGUUACUGUUGGAUCAGCAAAGGAGUCCAUUGAAGGAUGAUUAGCCAGGAAUGAGCUGAGGACCGUCUUUCAAGUGUUUCAUAUAUGUGGAACAGAUGACAGCCAUUGCUAUGUUCCUUGUGCCUUUGUUGGUUGCAAUGAGAUUUCCAUGGUACCAGUUUCGUUGUGCACUCAGACCCUCGAUGCUAAUUUGAGGUAGAAAUUCUUUGCAGGGAGGUUGUUCACUGUUUUACCAUAUUCUUAUUAUUUGAAAUGCCUGUUGUCAUGUAAAAAGGCCACGAAGGAGAUGGCAUUUCUUGCUAGACGGAACUGUUUCAAUUAUUUAUUUGUUGUCUGCUGUGCUUAAGAGGAUUGCGCUAAUAAAGCUGAGAUAUCGUUCAUUUCAUCUUUUGUGGGGCUACUCUUGUAAGCUAAUGCACAUCUUUUUGGGAAAUUUUGAUCUCUCCUUGUGCUGCCAAUUCUAUAUUCUUUCAGACAAUUCUCUGCUCGCCAUGCUGCAGUUCUUGAAAGUUUCGGAGAAAGACAUAAGAGUCAGGUCACAGAGAUGAGACAACAUCCAUGAGAGUCGAGUCUCCAUGAACAAUGCAGCAGCUGCUCUCCUCUGAACUGUUCCCAGUGAGAAUGUUAACGUUGCAAAAGUGAUGAUGGGGAACAAACAAGUUUACUUUGGUUUGUGGAACAAACACAAGAGUCCUGUCCCACUUUUCUUGGCAUCUUUGUCCUAUGUUAGACAGCAUCUCUAGAGCUCCAGCAUGCAAUUGUUUCUUCUUUUGCACAUGGGAAAUGGUAAAGAGAGAUUUUAGUAUCAGAAUCUUUCCGCGAUCUGAUAAAGUGUUACCGGUCACAUUAACUAACGUAUUCUCAAAACAAAAAGAAUUCUCAAUCCUUCUGAUCAAAAGUGUAAUUUUCUUUUGCAUUUUAAUGGAUUGUGUACAAUAUGGACUCUUCAAAACAGAUGGAGAUGAGAGCCAUCUUAUGCUGAAUGUGUCAGCUAAUGAAGGAGGCAGUACAGGCUUCACUUGUGUCUGGCAA